AUGUCAUCUGAUGGCGAUGAGGUUGCGGAGGAUUACCGCCUUGCCCUCGAGGAUCUGUCCUCUAAUAUGCGUUUUGAGAUCAGCAACUUGACAGUAAUUGCCAGAGAGAACACGGAGCAUGCUCUGGCUAUCGCAGAGGUUCUGCAGCAGCACAUCCUAAAGGCACCACCGAAUAAAAAACUGCCUGCCCUAUAUGUAAUGGACUCCAUUGUCAAGAAUGUCGGCACUCCAUAUACGCUCUACUUUGGGCGAACGCUUUUCAAGAUAUUCAUGGAGUCGUAUUCGGUUGUCGAUCAUGGCGUGCGCAGAAAGAUGGAGGAGAUGCUCAAAACAUGGAAAGACCCCGUUCCUGGAUCAAUGGAUACACGCCCUGUCUUUUCACAUGAGUUGGUGCGGCCAAUCGAGAAUGCUCUGAUGAAGGCCCGAGCAGCAAGCAUGCCUCAGCAGGCACAGGGGCCCAUACCGGGCAGACCUCGAUCAGCAAUGUUUCCGAAUCGGAAUACACCGACGCCGCCUGGAAUGCGCGGAUACGCUGGCCCCGCUGGGAAUUUUCCACCACAGCCUCACCCGUUUGCCAACGGAGGGCAUCCCGGUGAACCAGUCGCUGGCUAUCCGGGACAACAAGUGAGAUUCAUCUCUUCAAACUCUGCGCCUCUUUUGUUGGGUUUUCGUUCUGACCGUGUCUGUAUACAGCCUGCUCCUUAUCCCCCUUCAUCUACUCCGACCCCUUACAACUCGACUCCGGCUCCCUUCCCCCAAGCUGCCCAAGGACCAUACGGCUCAGGACUGCCUCUGCCGUCUGGAAUUAGCGUAGAGACCUUGAGCAGUGACAUUCAAGCUUUGAUUGUUGCAAUGAGGGCCGAGUUCUCGCAGAACCCGCAUGAUAGCGGAGCACAGAGCAGGUUAAAGGCUCUGUUGGAUCUCCAGAGCGUUGUACAGCACUCCAAUCUGCCGCCAGACCAGCUUGAGCUCAUUAAAAACAAAGUAACAGAACUUGCUGCCGUGACAAUAAGGGCCACUCUUGGCCAUAGCUCUGCAAACUCUACCCCUAUCCCAGCACCCGUGGCGCCGCCGUCUAUGGCGCUUCCCGUGCAUCCUCCCUCUACUUCUGUAACUCCGUCACCUGUGCCGGCGGCUCAAUCCGCUGCGCCAGUGACUCUUGAUUCCUUGCUCGGGAAAGGGGCGAUGGCGGCCUUGCUGAGUAUGCAGUCGGGCAACUCUCAGCACAACAACUCAACGCCCACUCCUCCGUUUGCUGGCGUCCCUAUACGGUCGCCGCAGAUGAAUCACAACGAGCCACGCAAGGCAGCGGCAGCACCACCACCCAUGGCUGCGGCUCCAAUCUCAGGUGCCUCGUCAUUGUUAGAUCAGCUUCGAGCUGCGGGCAUGCUGCCACCAUCGACACCUACGAAUGUCCCAGCUCCCAGCCAGCCACCAGUUGCUCCCGUGCUGCCGCCUUCUCUAUUCGCUUCAGGCCUACCAGCGAGCAUUGCCAGCCUACUGGCAGCCCAUAAGCCAGACUCUGGCCGGCCAAGGGCAGAUAGCCCGGCCAACUCUACCGGACUAGACUUUGCUUUAAAGAAACAGUUUCGUCCCGAGUACAUUGCUGCGUUAUACGACGAUCUAGGACCUCCGUGUACGCAGUGCGGCAGGCGAUUCAGGACUGACGCAGAAGGGAGGAGAAAGAAGACGGCUCAUAUGGAUUGGCAUUUCCAAGUGCACCAGCGGAGCACUGAGGCCGAGAAACGAGGCACUCAUCGGAGCUGGUACGUUGACCAGCAGGACUGGCUUAAAGCCCGAGAAGCUGUCGAUGCGAUCCACGACGUGUCUUCCAAAGAAGAGGCUGCCCAAGCCUCCAAAGAUGCAGAGGGACCAAAGUACAUCCUCGUGCCAGAUCCAAGUAGCGGCAUUAACACUGUUUGCCCAAUCUGUCAGGAACGAUUUGAGAACAAGUGGCUCGACACGGUCCAAGAAUGGGUAUGGCUCGAUACAAUGCUGGUGGGCAACCGGGCCUAUCACGCCUCGUGCCGUGCCGAGGCGACGAGAGACCGAGAAUUUACACCCGGCCAUUCACGGCGAACUCCAGAGCCGGUUCUGGGAAAGAGGAAAGCAGAGGCGGGCCUUUUGUCUCCAAAGACUAGAGUGCAGAAGUCGUUUAUGUAG